UCCGGCGGCCGUCGGAAGCUGCCCGCCGCGGGGCUGGCGAGGGCCGCGGGCGCCGGGCUCCGGCGGCCGCUGAUGGGAGGCGGCGCCCGGGCGGGCUGGGCGAGCGACGGCGCGGCAGCCACCAUGGGGAACAAGCAGACCAUCUUCACCGAAGAGCAGCUGGACAACUACCAGGAUUGCACCUUCUUCAAUAAGAAGGACAUCCUCAAGCUCCACGCGCGGUUCUAUGAGCUGGCUCCCAACCUCGUCCCGAUGGACUACAGGAAAAGCCCCAUCGUCCACGUGCCCAUGAGCCUCAUCAUCCAGAUGCCCGAGCUCCGGGAGAAUCCCUUCAAGGAGAGGAUCGUGGAGGCUUUUUCUGAGGAUGGCGAGGGGAACCUCACCUUCAACGACUUUGUCGACAUGUUUUCCGUGCUCUGUGAGUCAGCUCCCCGCGAGCUCAAGGCAAACUACGCCUUCAAGAUCUACGACUUUAACACCGACAACUUCAUCUGCAAGGAGGACCUGGAGAUGACGCUGGCCCGGCUCACCAAGUCAGAGCUGGAUGAGGACGAGGUGGUGCUCGUGUGCGACAAGGUCAUCGAGGAGGCUGAUCUGGACGGCGACGGCAAGCUGGGCUUCGCUGACUUUGAGGACAUGAUCGCCAAGGCCCCCGACUUCCUCAGCACUUUCCACAUCCGGAUCUGAGGGCAGUGCCAAGGUUGCAGGGGCCAGAGGCUGACCACCCAUCUCCGCUGCCUACCCGAGUGGGACCCCCAGGCUCCCCAGGAGAGGAGCGAUGGCCUCUGGGGUUUACACCAUGAACAUUUCCUUGGCCCUUUCAGCAAAAAAUCCUUAACCAGGGAAGGAGGGCUGUGAGGAGCAGAGCCCUUCCCAGUCCUCCUGUGGUCCCUCCACAGGCCCUCCCUCUGUCCCCCGACCUUCCCCACACCCUGGUCCUCUCCCCAGCAGAAAUGUCCCUACUGGGAGGGGAAGGCAGAACCCCUAACAGGGCAGGGGUGCUGACUUGUCCAAGUGCUGGGCAGGCACCUGGUUGCCUAGGGCAAAGUGAAAAAAAAAAAAAAAAAAGGACAAGGUUUAACGAGCUAUGCAAUCUUUCUCCAAAACCCACAGCUGGGCUGCACCCCGGCCCCGCCUGUUCCUUCUCCCUUGACCCUUCCCAAUGUGAAGCUGUGUGAACAGUGAGUCCAAGGGCUCUGUCCCUGUCUCUGUCCUGGUCCCGAGCACCACCCCAUCCGCCCUUCCCGGGGAUGUGGAAUCCUCACUGGUGUGUGCUGUCCACAGAUCUGUGAACUCCUGGUAGUAAAACAUUUUCAUGUCCUCAUGUUCACUGUGUCUGCCAAGGUCAGGAAAUGUUCAUUGGUCCCUUUUCUCCUUGAAAUCCUGCCAUUAGCGCCUCACCUUCCUGGGUUAAGCAUUGUCUUCCUGCUUUAGGCACCAACUUUUAUUACAGUGCUUAUGUCCUUAAGAGGAAGACACAUCUGUGCCCCAGGUCUUUGAGGGAGCCCCACGUAGAGCAGAAGUUGGGUAAAAACUGUUUCCAUUCCCCUCACCCUGGUAGUCAUUCCGGUGAACAUCUGUGGAGUGUGAACCGUGUGGUAGGCAUAGGGCUGGGUACAGGGUGACCAGGUCACAUAGGGAUGGCCGGCAAGUGCCCACUGGCUCAUCUUGGAAAUGGGCGUGCUGACCCCUGCCUUUGGCCAGUCCCCACUCCUCUCAGACCUGGAUUUCCUCUGGAUGAGUGGGAGGCACUGGGGAA